AUGUGCCCGGCCGCGUGGUCGCUGGAGGAGGGUGGACGGGCCCCGCACGGGUCGCCGGAGGAGGUUCAGUGCCUGGCAAAGCACGCGGCAUGCGCCGACUGCGGUGCGAGCCGCUCGACCAAGUGUGCGUCCUGCGUCGACGGCGUGUACGAGCACAUCCACUGGCUGGACACCUAUGUCCUGGCGGCUAAGGUCAGGUGCCCCAACAACGAGGCCUACGGCUGCCGGUGCUCGGUCCCCUACUGCUUGGCCGGCGACCACCAGCUGGUGUGCGCGCACGCGCCUUGCUGCUGCCCGAAGCCCGGCUGCAUCUUCCUCGGCUCGCCACCGACGCUCCGAGACCACCUCGCCUCGCACCACAAUUGGGUCGUCACACCCAUCACCUGCGGCAAGUGCAUCGUGGUCGAGAUGCAGCUCGCGGAGCGGCGGCGCCUGCUGGCCGCCGAGGAAUGGGACAACGUCUUUGUCGUCGUCGCGAGCGAGCGCCGUGGCGUCGGAGAGCUCCACGUCAAGGUGGUGUGCGUCCGGGCCAGCGCGGAGGAAGGACCGACGUGGUACAGGUACGUGCAAGGUCUGGACGCACGCGCCCGUGGACGCGGAGACGGGAUGCAAGGAUGUCCUCAUGCUGGAGGCCAAGGUGAGGAGCUGUGCUAA